AUGACCAUCAUUACUGAAUUGACGACACUGGUUGCAACGUACCCCGUAUACGCGACCGUAAUCGGGGCACUCGCGUAUACUCUCGUGGUCAAGAAGUUGCCGUGGAAAUGGCUUAAUCGCAACCCAAAGAGACUCCCAUCUCCUCCGGGUCCCAAAGGCUACCCUUUGAUUGGUAGUGUUUUUGAAAUGCCAACUGAACGGUCAUGGAUUGUGUAUGACCAAUGGUUUAAGAAAUAUGGCGACAUGGUUUACUUUGAGGCUCUUGGACAACCCUUUCUUGUUCUAGGCUCCUUGAAAAGGACAGGCGACUUGCUCGAAAAGAGGUCUUCAAAAUAUUCCGACAGACUUUGGUUGCCUAUGCUUAUCGAACUCAUGGAAUCUGAUUUCAACUUCGGCAUGCUACCCUAUGGGCAAUGGUGGAGACGACACAGAAGAUCGUUCAAGGACCACUUCAAUCCAGAAGCUAUCGUCAACUACCGACCGAUACAAUUGCGUUCUGCCCGAUCGUUCCUGCACCGACUUCUUAUAUCGCCUGAGCGUUUUUUGGACCACAUUACACACACUUUUGGUGCUACGAUCAUGAGUGUGGCGUAUGGUAUCACAGUGAAGGAAUCUGGUGAUCCAUAUCUGGCGACUGGGCAUGAGUCCCAGAAAGGGGCAGCGGCAGCGGGUAUUCCUGGCUCAUUUUUGGUUGAUAUGGUCCCCGCUCUGAAGUAUGUUCCUUCGUGGUUCCCUGGCGCUGGUUUCAAGAAAAAGGCUGCCCAUUGGAGACAAGCGAAUCAAGACCUUGCCCGGAUACCGUUUAAAUACGUUGAACAACAGAUGGAAAAUGGAACAGCCGUGCCCUGUGUGGCUACUAAAUUGAUCGAAAAGCUGCCUGACAAGAGCGAUCCAAAAUACGCAGAGGAACGCAAACUUGCUGAAGAUGUUGCAGCUGUGUCAUAUGUUGGUGGGGCGGAUACCACCAUAUCGACCGUUCAGGCUUUCUUUAUGGCAAUGGCACUGUACCCUGAAGCUCAGAAGAAAGCCCAGGCUCAGCUAGACUCAGUUCUUGGUGGUAAACGUCUCCCGGAUUUUAACGACCGACCUUCUCUGCCCUACAUAAAUGCUAUGAUUAAAGAGAGCUUGCGUUGGAAUCAAGUUGCGCCGCUAGCCGUUGCUCAUGUGUCCUCGGAAGACGAUGAGUACGAUGGGUAUUUCAUUCCCCGUGGUACUAUUGUAAUGGGGAACGGAUGGACCAUUUUGCAUGAUCCGGAAGAAUUUCAGGAUCCCUACACAUAUAACCCUGACAGAUAUUUAAAGGAUGGGCAGCUUAACCCUAAUGUAAGGGGCCCCGAAGCCGCCGCCUUUGGUUUCGGACGACGAUUAUGGGUUAAUCUCACCUUCGGUAGCAUGUGCCCUGGAAGGCACAUGAACGAUAGCGGACUCUACUGUCUGUUUUCAUCCAUUCUGUCGGUGUUCGAUAUUAAACCACCCGUCGAUGAAUCCGGAAACCCCGUACAGCUCAAACCAGAAUUCACUAGUGACUACCUGACGUGGCUUGUACCUGUCCAAGACAAAGAUUGGACGUGA